AUGGCAGACGAAGACCUAGCAACGAAGGCGCCUGAGAGCGACGCUCAGGAGACCAGCGGCAUUGCUGGAGACUCGAAGCCAGAUCAAGGUGCCGCGAGCAUGGGUGAGCACUGCACGACCGAUCGUCCCACCCCGGCCGGCGAUCAACCCACUGGCGAGAUAGCCAAGCUCAACGAUGUCGAGGUUUACAUUGCCAAACCAGCCGACUAUCCACACUCCCCGUCAAAGCUCCUUCUGCUCCUGACCGGCGGCACUGGAAUCCACAGCACAAACAACCAACUCCAAGCAGACAAAUACGCUGGCGAGGGGUUCCUGGUCGUCAUGCCAGAUCAAUUCGCGGGCGACCCAGCAACAUCCAUCUCUACAACGCAAACCGUCCCCGCCGAGCAGAACCCCUCCAUAAUCGAACAAGUCAAACUCGGCGUCGCCUCCGUCGCCAAGUCCUUCACGAUCGACAUGUGGCUCGCCCGCCACACGCCCGAGAAAGUCCUCCCCAUCCUGCUCAAAGUCAUCGCCGCCAUCAAAGAGGAAUUCGCAGAUGCCGUCGCGCAUGGCGGAGGGAUCUACGGCGUGGGAUACUGUUUUGGGGCGCGGUAUGUGCUUUUGCUUGGCUCAGAGGUUCACGCCGAUGUCGUGGCAGGACAAAGGUCAGCAGAAAGCGAGGCUGAGGAGGGGAUGGUGAAGAAGGACCCACAGAUCAAAGUCGGGGCUAUCGCGCACGGGACGCAGAUCUCCGCAGCUGAUCUGGCAGGCUGCAAAGUCCCCCUCAGCAUCGUCGCCGUCGAGCAGGACUCCCUCUUCCCCGACGAUAUCCGCGAAGCUGGCGUGAAGAAGCUGAAGGAGAAUGGGGUCGAAGUCGAGGAGAAAGUGUACCCUGCCGUACCGCAUGGGUUUGCGGUGUUGUGCGAUUAUGAGGAUGGCACGAUCAAGGAGAAGCAGAAGGAGGCUUUUGGGCAGUUGUUGGGGUGGUUGAAGGGAAAUUAG